GGAAUAUUAAAAGACACAAUAAAUAUUUAUUAGAGUUUCAUAUAAUAUUAAAACAUCUAAAACUAGCGGUAUUAAUUGUAUACCUUCCACCAAAUAAUGAAAAUCAAAUCGAAAUAAUUAAUCAACAAGUUGAAGAAAUAUAUUUUAGCAGGGCAGCAAAUUUCGAG